AUGUCGACUCUCCAGCCCGUCAAUCCGAAACCAUUCCUCAACAGUCUCACUGGAAAACCUAUUGUGUGCAAGUUGAAGUGGGGGAUGGAAUAUAAAGGAAUUCUUGUCGCUGUUGAUGGAUACAUGAAUUUGCAAAUGGCCAACGCAGAAGAAUACAUUGACGGAAACAAUACAGGAAACCUCGGAGAAAUUUUGAUCAGGUAA